AUGGUUGUAAAAGAGAAGCAAAUCACUCAUACCAACAAAGUUUACAUUACUGGCAAAACAAAUAAUGUAACAAUUCAUGGAAACAAAAUUGAAAUUGAAAACGAAGACAGGAAAAGCCCUCAGAAUCUUUUAAAAACUAAUUUUGUUAAAAUUAUGUUGGAUGGAACUCAAACCCGCAUUGGUAAACAAUUGAAGUUCCCAUUUAAAUUUCCUGAAGUAAACUAUGAUGAUGAAAUGCUUGCGACACCGGAGCAUACAAUAAAUGGAUCAACGAACCAUAUUAAUAUUUAUAUCGAGGAUGAAGUCGAAUCUUUAUACAAGGAACCUGGGGAUAUUUAUUUAAAUAAUGAGAUUCAUAUAAAGGGCACUGAUGUUAAUUAUGUUGUGAUUCAAGGAAACUAA